AUGGCCCUCGCCCGGCCGCUGCCUCCGCUGUGGCAGACGCUGUUUCCCGCGCUCAAUAACGGCGCUGUCCGACCCGUCGUGAACCUGCCCUUCCUGCAGCGCCUUUCGCAGCCCUUUGGUGCGCUCUCCACACCAUUCGGCGCGCUCGCAAUACCGUCGCUAUCAUUCCCGUCGAUCCCGUCCUUGGCCGAAAUCUGGGAUGGCAUACUCAACGCGGUGCCGAAGAAGAAGACGUCCUACCGCAAGAAGCGCCAAAGGUUCAUGGCCGGCAAGGGAUUGAAGGACAUCACAUCGCUGAACAGAUGCUCGGCAUGCGGUAGGGUCAAGCGGUUACAUAUUCUGUGUCCAUAUUGUGUGGAUGCGAUCAAAACCAACAUCUUUGGCCAGAUCAAUUGGUCUCUACGCCGUCCCACUGAGAAGCAAGUCAAGCAAAUGGCGCGAGAGAAGCGCGACGAAGGUCGAAGAAAGCGCACCAUGGAACCGGAUCCCAGGAAGGCGAAGGAGGACCAGAUUCUAAAACACACUGGGUGGAAGCGGUGA